AGAUCUGUGACCGGGCCGAGUCGAUCGAAUGCGACCACGAAGACCGGCACGGUGUUACGUUUUCGGGGCCGGCGAUUAAGUGUCGACAGUUCUGCGAUUCCGGGUGCAAGGUUGAUCCAGAUCCAAGGGCAUUCGGAAUCGAACGAUGCUGGCCAGCUGCCUAAUCUUCGUGGGUGCGGCCGCGGCGGUGACAUCGGCGGGCGGCCACGGUUUCGACGCGCAUUUACGGGGACCAAGCUUCGUGAUGGAGCCGCCCUCGAGGGUUGAAUUUUCGAAUUCGAGCGGCGCCUGGCUGGACUGCACCGCGACAGGAAGCCCCCCCCUCAACAUCGAUUGGUCGACCGCGGACGGACAUCCGGUCAACGACGUACCGGGAGUGAGGAGGGUGCUCAGGAACGGCACGCUGGUCCUUUUGCCGUUUCCUGCCGCCGCAUUUCGCCAGGAUGUGCACAGCGCGGCCUACAGAUGCGUGGCCAGCAAUUCUGUCGGCAGAGUGUUAAGCCGCGACGUCCAGGUCAGGGCAGUGGUGGCUCAAGCGUACAAAGUCGACGUGGAAGUGAUCGGAGGUGCGUCUAGGGGUUGCACCGCGGUGUUGCGAUGCGUCGUUCCUAGCUUCGUGAAGGAUUUGGUGCUCGUCGUGUCCUGGUUGCAAGAACCAUCCGUUUACAUUUAUCCUUCGCUACAAGGAGACGGCAAGUUUCAUCUUCUACCAACCGGUGAACUUCUGAUCCACAGUUUGGAAUUCAGCGAUCAAAUACACCGUUACAGGUGUCGAACGAUGCAUCGUCUCACGAGGCAGGUGGUCAUGAGUUCCAUGGCCAACGUAAGGAUAGCAGAUCACAGAGGGGUGAUGCCACCGGUGAUACUUGAAAAUUCUGGAGUUGUUCAUGUCGCUCAAGAUGAAUCAACGUCAUUAGUGUGCGUGGCGCAGGCUUGCCCUACUCCCGAAUAUCGAUGGUAUGCACAAACCGGUUCCGAGCCGAUGCUGGUACUUUCUGGACCAAGGACCAGAUUACUCGGAUCUGUCUUGGCCCUCGAAGCUGUCACGUUAGAGGAUAACGGUAUUUAUCGUUGUUCCGCAUCGAAUCCUGGUGGCGAAGCUAGUGCGGAGAUUCGGCUCAUCGUAACGGCUCCAUUGCAUGUCGAAGUGACGCCUCCGCUGCUAAGCGUCCACUUAGGAGGUAAUGCCGAAUUUAGAUGCGAGGUCAGCACGCAUCCACAAGCUGGACCACAUUUUAUUACCUGGUACAAAGAUGGUCGACAGCUACCAGGCACAGGCAGACAAUCAGAAUUAUUGAAGCUGAACGGUAUCAACAGGGAAGAUCGUGGAAUGUAUCAAUGUAUCGUCAGACGGUCGGAAGGUGAUACUGCACAGGCUUCUGCAGAACUACAAUUGGGCGACGCGCCACCGAUGCUGCUGUACUCCUUCAUCGAGCAAACGUUGCAACCGGGGCCGGCUGUAUCCUUGAAAUGUUCCGCUGCUGGUAACCCAACACCGCAAGUCACCUGGGCCUUGGAUGGUUUUCCUCUACCGACCAAUGGAAGGUUCAUGAUUGGUCAAUACGUAACAGUUCACGGCGAUGUUAUAUCACAUGUCAAUAUCAGCCAUGUGAUGGUGGAGGAUGGAGGAGAAUAUUCUUGCAUGGCCGAAAAUCGAGCUGGGAAAGUCACUCACGCUGCUCGCCUCAACGUUUACGGUCUUCCAUACAUUCGACUAAUUCCAAAGGUUACCGCUGUUGCCGGUGAAACUCUUCGUUUGAAAUGUCCGGUCGCCGGCUACCCAAUCGAAGAAAUUAAAUGGGAACGAGCGAAUCGCGAAUUGCCAGAUGAUCUUCGACAAAAAGUGCUUCCAGACGGUACCUUGGUCAUCACGAGCGUGCAGAAGAAAGGCGAUGCAGGCGUGUACACGUGUUCAGCGAGGAAUAAACAAGGACACAGCGCGAGAAGAUCGGGAGACGUCGCAGUGAUCGUACCCCCUAUUAUUGAGCCAUUUACGUUCCAAGAGGGACUAUCCGAGGGGAUGCGGACGCGGACGGUGUGCGGGGUCGCGGCGGGUGAUCCACCCUUAACUAUAUCCUGGCUAAAAGACGACCAAAGCCCUUUCCCUUUGCCGCCUAAUAUCGCUUCCGCAAACAUCUCCCAACUGGAUCCUUAUUCGAGCCUCCUCAGUAUAACGAACCUCGCGGCCGAGCACUCCGGCGACUAUACCUGCGUCGCCGCGAACCCCGCCGCCGAGGUCAGGUACACGGCCAAGCUACAGGUAAAAGUACCUCCACGAUGGAUCGUAGAGCCUACGGAUGUCAGCGUUGAAAGAAACAAGCAUGUCGCUUUGCACUGUCAAGCGCAAGGCGUGCCCAUCCCUACAAUUGUAUGGAAAAAAGCCACGGGAAGCAAAUCCGGGGAGUACGAGGAGUUACGAGAAAGAGCGUACACGAAAAUCCUCAGUAAUGGUACGCUGUUGUUGCAACACGUGAAGGAAGACAGAGAAGGAUUUUACCUCUGUCAAGCGAGUAAUGGCAUUGGAAGUGGAAUUGGCAAAGUAGUCCAGUUAAAAGUAAACUCCUCUCCAUAUUUCGCGGCUCCAUCGAGACUUGUCACUGUGAAGAAGGGUGACACCGCAACUUUGCAUUGCGAGGUACACGGCGACACACCGGUCACCGUCACCUGGCUGAAAGGCGGAAAAAUUGAGUUAAAUCCCUCGACGAACUAUCGAGUUACAGUGAAACGUGAGGUAACACCAGAUGGUGUAAUAGCGCAAUUACAAAUUUCUUCGGCCGAAGCGUCCGAUAGCGGCGCCUAUUUCUGUCAGGCGAGCAAUCUUUAUGGUCGUGAUCAACAAUUGGUGCAACUCCUCGUACAAGAGCCACCACAACCGCCAAAUUCUUUAGAAACAGCCAUGGUUGCCAGUCGAAGUAUUAACGUAAAAUGGCAGCAUAAAUCGCAAGAUACCACCGAAGUGACUAAGUACAUUUUACAAUACAAAGAAGGCGAUGCUGGGAUAUGGCAACAACAAGAAUUCACUGGGCCACCUCUGCCAUAUGCUGCUCUAAUAGAUGAAUUGAAACCGGCAACUAGAUACACUAUACGCGUAAUAGCCGAAGGACCAGCAGGCAGAUCAGUACCCUCGGCGGAACUGAUUGUCAGAACGGAGCCACAAAGACCGGCUGGACCCCCGAUUAAUCUUGAAGCUAGAGCUUUGUCCUCCUCUGAAAUUUUAAUCACUUGGUCACCACCAUUGCCUGAACUUCGACACGGUGACAUUCAAGGAUUCAAUGUUGGCUAUAGAGAAACAAGCUCGUCAAAUCCCUCGUAUAACUUCAGUUCCGUGUCCGGAGACGGAGAGGAAGGGGGUGCAGAACUUCGGCUAACAGGGCUUCGACCUUAUACAAAGUACACUUUGGUGGUUCAAGCGUAUAAUCAAGUUGGAUCUGGACCACUUUCCGAACCUUUGCUCACACAAACGAUGGAAGAUGUUCCCAGUAUACCACCCGAAGAUGUAAGAUGCGCUGCGUUAACUUCGCAAUCCCUUCAAGUGUCUUGGCAACCACCGCCUAACACGCACAGCAAUGGUAUUAUUCAGGGAUAUAAAUUACACUAUGAACCUAUCUUGGCGGACAUGUGGCGCAGCGUCGAUGAAAUGGAAGUUCGUAAGACUAGCGCUUUAACCACUGUUCUUACGGGUUUGAGAAAAUACACGAACUAUACUAUUCAAGUAUUGGCUUUCACCAGAGUUGGGGAUGGUGUACCUACGACUGUAACGUACUGCCAAACGGAGGAAGAUGUGCCAGGUAGUCCAGCAGAUAUAAAAGUGGUGGUUAGUUCGCCGCAGGCACUUUUUAUCUCUUGGCUUCCACCUUUAGAGCCAAAUGGAAUUAUUACAAAAUACAAUUUGUAUACAAGAGUCGUGGAUGGUCGAGAAGAACUGAAUCAUGGUAAACGAACACUGCCAGCAAAGAAUACCUACUUUGAAGCGACUGAUUUGCAGCAACACGUGGAAUAUCAAUUUUGGGUGACCGGUAGCACCCGUGUAGGCGAAGGUCAAAGUUCCAAAGUAGCUGCACAAGUGCCAACCAAUCGAGUACCAGCUAGAAUUACGUCUUUUGGUGGCCACGUAGUGCGACCAUGGAGAGGGUCUGCCACCCUGGCUUGCAACGCGGUUGGAGAUCCUACCAGAGAGUGGUACAAAGGUCAGGGGGAACAAAUUCGCACCGAUUCAACGAGGAAUAUACAAAUUUUGCCAUCUGGAGAACUCAUGUUGUCAAAUUUACAAUCACAAGAUGGGGGAAAUUAUACUUGUCAAGUGGAAAAUGCUCAAGGCAAUGACAAAUUGCAUUACACUUUGACGGUACAAGUGCCACCCAGCGCGCCUGUUCUUUAUGUAACGAGUUCUACGUCGAGUAGUAUUUUAUUGCACUGGAAAUCUGGGCACAAUGGUGGUGCUUCACUCACAGGAUAUACAUUGUAUUAUCGAACAGCGCACGGGAAUUUAGACGAAUUACAAUUAUCCCGUCACGCUACAAGUCAUGAAUUGAAGGGCCUCUUAUGUGGGAAUACAUAUCAAUUGCACUUAACGUCUCACAAUAAAAUCGGAAGCAGUCCAUCGUCACCAGUUCUCUCGGUCAGAACUCAAGGACAAGCGCCAGGAAUACCACCUGCCGCAACAUUCCUCAGUCCAAACUCAACCACACUAGUUCUCAGGCUUCACGUGUGGCCAGAUAAUGGUUGUCCAAUACUUUAUUUCACAAUUCAGUAUAGACCCAUCAACGAAUUUCAUUGGACAUUGGUGUCGAACAGCGUGAAAAUGCAACGGCGAUUUGUCGUGACAAAUUUACAACCAAGUUCUGUUUAUCAGCUGAAAGUUGAAACUCACAAUGUAGCUGGUAGCAAUCAGGCGGAGUUCACGUUCGUAACUUUGACGAAGGAAGGCGAACCUCCACCUCCAGAACUAUCAAAACGUGGAAUUGCUUCGACCGUGCCAUUUUAUGCGGAUGUGAAAGUGAUGCUGCCUCUGAUUGUUGCCACUGUUGCCUUAGUUGUUGCUGUUGUGAUCGUAGCUCUUCGCUGGCGAAGCAGAUAUCUUGGGGAUAGAAUGCAGCGUCCCAUGAAGGAAUCUCAGGAGAAUCAACAAAACGCUGAAACCCAAAGGGAACGUUAUUACGCGACAAUUCACAAGGUGGCUUUACAACAAGCGGCGAAUACGGGUGGAGGGCCCGACAAGAUUCCAGGUGAACCUUUGUUACGAUACGGACGACAGCCAGAGACAGCGGAGGACAUCUCGCCGUACGCUACGUUCCAGCUUUCGGAGGGUGGCGGGGGAAGCCUGGCAGGGUUGGGAGGGUUGGGAGGACUGGGAGGCGCGGCGGAAGCUUCAGCGGCCGGUCUCCACCCGAACAACACUCUUCUUCACAGUUUCAUGUAUCACGAGCACGCCAUGACCGAAGGGUGCGCAAGCCCUCCACCUGCAGCAACGAGUAUGAAGAGUGUUUCGUCGAGGAGACGACAACAGAGAAAACAACAAACGCCGGGCGAUGUCGAGAGCGACGAGAGCGAGUCUGACCCAGAUCAGCUGACGAGCUCUCGCACAGAGUCUUCCAACCAGCUAGACGCUGGCAAACUCAAACACAUUCGGGCCGUUUCCGAUUUCAUUUACCACGGUACGUCGAGCACUUCUUCGGACAUCUCACCCAUGUCAGAGCAGAAGUCACUUCCUCGAAGAGGACGUUCUAGAUGGCAUGUUCCCAGCAGGAGCUCUCUACGCACAUUGUUACCGCCUAUAUCGGUCGCGGAGACCACGUUCGUGGGAGGCAAUCAGGGGAACGUAGUGGCAGGGAAUGGCGACAGGCCGGAGCUGAGCGAGGCCGAGUGCGAUAUCGACUCCUUGAAGAAGCUGAAACUCGGUUUGAGAAGCUCCCUCUGGUCGAGGCCGAGCACCCAAAACAAUCCCUCCUCCGACUACUCCAUCGCCGUUUAAUUUGCCCUCCAACUACUUUCCUCGUUCUUCAUGUGCCUCCUCCCCUUCCCUCGUAUUGGACACGACAUAGGCCAAGAUAUCUUCGUUCUUCCCUCUCUUCAUCCCAUGGAAAAACGGGAAUCCAAUCCUAGCUGGCGUCUCGUCGGAUGUUUCGACGUGGUUAAAUUUAAAAAUUUAAAAGGAAGGAAAGGAACGAAAGAAAGCGUCCCCCUUUUUCUCUCUGUCGAUUAUAGAUGAAGAAUUAAAUUAUAUUCGAUUGAUCGGGUGAUGAAUCGGCGGAUGAAUCGGUUGUAGAUAACGAAGAGAAGU